CUCUCUCUCUCUCUCUCUCUCUCUCUCUCUCUCUCUCUGACAUUUCCUUUGUUUUUUCUCGCUUUCACGAUGCGCAUAACGAAGCACUUGUCUUGCUCUUCGUAGUUGUCUUUCUCGUGAACACUUCGAUAAUCUUCACUAUCACCGGAAUGCGGCUUUUCCGGCGUCUGCUCUUGCUCCUUGCGGCUGCGAUGGCGGUGUCUCCGUCAGAGGCCACAGCGGAGUACUCAGCUUCUCCAGCGAAGAUCCUGCCUCUGCAGAGGGCUUAUCCUCUUGACGAGCGAGUUGAGCUGAGUAUUAUCGGGUUAUCCUCCCGAAUUAGGGAUGGGAACGAUUUGGGUACCCGAAAAAUUUAGGGUAUCCUGCCUCCGUAUCCGUAUCCAAAGGCUUUGGCUUUUUCCGAUCCUUAUCUUGUCGGGCUUUACUUCACCAAGGUGAAACUGGGUUCUCCUCCUAAAGAAUUCAAUGUUCAGAUUGAUACUGGAAGUGACAUCUUGUGGGUUACUUGUAGUUCUUGCAGUAAUUGCCCCCGGUCCAGUGGGCUUGGAAUUGAGCUCCAUUUCUUUGAUGCUCCCAGUUCAUUGACUGCUGGGUCAGUCACUUGUUCAGAUCCAAUCUGUGAUUCAGCUUUUCAGACAACUGCAGCACAAUGUUCUCAGAGUAACCAGUGCAGUUACACCUUUCACUAUGGUGAUGGAAGUGGGACUUCUGGUUAUUACGCAACCGACACGUUCUACUUUGACGCAAUCUUGGGAGAGUCAUUGGUUGCUAACUCUUCAGCUCUCAUAGUCUUCGGCUGUAGCACUUACCAAUCUGGGGACUUGACGAAAUCAGACAAGGCGGUGGAUGGGAUAUUCGGAUUUGGCAAAGGAAAAUUGUCUGUUGUUUCUCAGUUGUCAUCACGAGGGAUUACACCUGCGGUGUUUUCUCAUUGCUUGAAAGGAGAUGGUAGUGGAGGCGGUGUAUUUGUUCUUGGCCAGAUAUUGGCACCAGGAAUGGUUUACAGCCCACUCAUCCCGUCUCAACCCCAUUAUAAUUUAAACCUGCUUAGCAUAGCCGUUAACGGGCAGUUGCUUCUCGUCGAUUCAGCUGUGUUUGAAACAUCAAAUAACCGAGGAACUAUUGUUGAUACCGGAACCACUUUGACAUAUCUGGUGGAGGAAGCUUACGAUCCCUUUCUCAAUGCUAUAACAAACAGUGUGCCACAGUCGGUAACACCGAUCAUUUCCAAUGGGAAUCAGUGCUUUUUAGUCUCUACCAGCGUUGGUGACAUGUUUCCUCCGGUUACUCUGAAUUUUGAUGGAGGUGCUUCAAUGGUGUUAAGACCUCAAGAUUACUUAGUGCAUUCUGGUUUCUAUGAUGGUGCUGCUAUGUGGUGCAUUGGUUUCCAGAAAGCUCAGGGAGGACAAACCAUUUUAGGAGAUCUUGUCCUGAAAGACAAAAUCUUUGUGUAUGAUAUUGCUCGACAACGAAUCGGAUGGGCGAACUAUGACUGUUCCAUGUCGGUGAAUGUUUCUGUAACUUCAGGAAAGGAAAUUGUAAACUCGGGACAGCUAAGUUCGAGCAUCUCGACCCGAGAAACACUUACUAUCGUUCUCGUGGCUCUACUUCUUCUUCUUCUUCUCCCCGCAACGUAAUUCACCCGUCUUUUUUUUCGUUUUUUUGUCUGCUUGGCUGAUGAUCCAUAUUUUAUUUUUUAGGUGAUCUGCUAAGUCCCCCUAAUUCUUUUUUGUCACAUUCAUUCCUCCUUGAUCUUUGAUCUUGUGUAAUUGUAGAUAGUGUUGUUAGUUGAAUAGUCUCUGCUUGUUGUUUGUAUUUGAUUGUAAAACAGAAACCAUUGUAAGCAUCUAUUCUUGAAGUUCUGAUUACGACAAGAAAGAAGCAAAAGAAACAUUUGGACAAUGGCUGUCUUGAUGUGUUA